AUGGUGCUGGAGAGGAGUAGCACCUCUUUUCAGCUGGACGAGCAUGGCCGUGUUGUUGGCAUGGCCCGGGAGUCCUCGUCUUCUACCUCCCAUCACCUCGUGGAGGAGCUCAUGGUGCUGGCGAACCACGUGGUGGCGGAGCGCCUGGUCGAAGGUGCUGCAACAACCGGCAAGGCCGCUGGAGAGGCCUCGGUGCCGCGGGCGCUCUUGCGGUGUCACCCGGACACCUUGCCCGAGGUGAAGAAGGCUCUCUUGGAGGUUCUUCCAGAGGAGCUGAAGCAUAGUGCACCCAUGGACGAGCCCCUGCCUGCGCUGCUGCAGUGGAGUGUAGCGCAAGGCUUCCGCCAGUCACCUACGAGGAGCGGUGUGUGA